UGUCGCUUCCCGGCGGGCGAUGGACUGCGAGUAAGAUGGCGACAGUGAGCUUGCGGGUGGGAGAUUUGGUUUGGGGGAAGCUGGGUAGGUAUCCGCCUUGGCCCGGAAAGAUUGUAAAUCCACCAAAAGAUCUAAAGAAACCACGGGGGAAAAAGUGCUUCUUUGUAAAAUUCUUUGGAACAGAAGACCAUGCAUGGAUCAAAGUUGACCAACUUAAAUCCUACCAUCUUCACAAAGAGGAAAUGAUAAAAAUUACCAAAGGGAAACGCUUUCAACAGGCAGUGGAUGCAGUUGAGGAAUUCAUUAAAUCCAAGGUAUCUGCACUUACCUCAUCAGAAGAUAAAAACAAACAUAUUUCAUCUGAAGACAAAAGACAAAAUUCCUCCACAGCAGAAGUUUCAGAGCACAAUACAAGGAAAAGGGGUCGACCACCUAAAGAAGAAAAGGAUGCUUUCCCUGAGCCAUCCACAGUAAAGAGGUUGGAUACAAGUCCAGUUGCAGGCUACAAAUGGAAGCAAGUAAAGGACGACCCUCACUUCCAUCACUUUCUGCUCAGUCAGUCUGAGAAGCCAGGUUCGUGUUCUGCCAUAAUUCAAAAGCUGAAGGCCACAGCUGAAGAGGAAGCAGAGUCAACAUCCAUCCAGGCAGCUGACAGUACAGCAACCAAUGGCAAUGUUACUCCCACAGACAAAAGGAUAGGUUUCCUUGGUCUAGGCUUAAUGGGAAGUGGAAUUGUUGCAAAUCUCUUGAAGAUGGGGCACAUUGUUACAGUAUGGAAUCGCACAGGAGAAAAGUGCGACCCUUUUCUCCAAGAAGGGGCACGUUUAGGGCGGACACCUGCAGAGGUGGUCUCAACUUGUGAUAUCACACUUUCUUGCAUUUCUGAUCCAAAGGCAGCUAAAGAUUUGGUUCUGGGUCCCAGUGGGGUACUGCAAGGGAUUCGACCAGGCAAAUGUUAUGUUGACAUGUCUACAGUGGAUCCCGAGACAUCCACAGAGAUCUCGCAGGUGAUCACUUCCAGAGGGGGGCGCUUUCUCGAAGCACCAGUCUCAGGGAAUCGGCAGCUAUCGGAAAAUGGAAUGCUGGUCAUCCUUGCAGCUGGAGAUAAGGCUUUGUUUGAUGAUUGUAGCAGCUGUUUUCAGGCCAUGGGGAAGAAGUCUUUCUAUUUGGGAGAGGUGGGCAAUGCCUCGAAGAUGAUGCUGAUUGUAAAUAUGAUCCUGGGCAGUUUCAUGGCUUCUGUAGCAGAAGGAUUUACAUUGGCUAAAAUAGCCAGCCAGUCGCAAGAAGUUUUGCUUUACAUCCUCAGUCAAGGACCUUUAGCGUGUGCUUUUUUGGACCAGAAGUGCCAAAGUAUUUUACAGGGAAACUUCAAGCCUGACUUCUUGUUGAAACAUAUACAAAAGGACCUCAGGUUAGCCAUUGCUAUGGGUGAUUCUGUCAAUCAUUCAACUCCAAUGGCUGCUGCGGCCAAUGAAGUGUUUAAGAAAGCAAAGGCCUUGGACCAAUCUGAAAAUGAUAUGUCUGCAGUAUACUUAGCCUGCAACCAGUGACCGCUAUAAUCUUUUAAUCAUUUCUUUUUAAAUUUUGGGGCCAUUUAACUUGAUUUUCAUCUUUCCAUUAUCAGUAAAUGCUUUACUUUUCCAUACUGGCCAUUGUAAAUAUUUUCCUCUGGUGAUUUGAGGAUCAAAUGGCCUAUACCCAGCCAAAUCUCAUAAAUGCACUGACAUGGCACCUCUUGAGACUGAAAUGAGUGUGUGCCAACCAUCUGCUGCUUUUCUUUGUUAUAAUUUUGUUAAGAUGGUAUAAGAAGUUUACUUAUGGAAUAAUGGGUUGUUGACAAAGGUCUAUGCUGGUGUUAAUCCCUUGCAAUUGUUUUUAUUGGUUUGGUUAAGUACCUCCUGAUGUAAAUGUUGAUACAAACUCCAAGCUGGUACUGCAUGUUACCAUCAACACUAUUGUACACUAUGUAAUGAGUGACAGAUGUGCAAAACUCAUGAAGGAAUAUCAGGAGUACUGGAGAGAAAAGUGGAAUACUUAAGCAGUUUCAGUCCUGUAUAGUGGGGAUACUACCAUGGAUGAUGUACUUUGGUUACCUAGGCAAUACCAGUGUAUGUUGUGUAUAUUUUAAAAUGUCUGGUAUUGCUGUCUGGUACAAAAUGAAACCUUUACUGGUGUCCUGCUUAAAGUUUCCCAUGUGAUUCGUACUCUAGAAGAAAAGAUUUGCUCAAACAGGAAAAAAAGCAAUGAAAGAUUGCACAGUUUUUGAACAAGACUGUAAGUCCAAUUGUGACCAACAGUGUUUUGCAUGUAAUGAUUUUGUUUUUGUUUGUUGCUUUUCAAAAAAAAUCUUACCUGAUAUUUUUGUGACUUGAAUAAGUUUUCCAAAGGAAAAAAAAUGUUGCUGCCUUGCAAGUGGCCAUCCCUUUGUGUGGUGUGCUCAGUAGUGCUUUUAAUGAUUUUUGUGAUCAGGUUUGACCACAGUGUAUUUUCCUCAGUGUCAAAUGUUUAGGGACCCAUUGAGAAAGUUUAGGCUAUUAAAAUGGCAAUAUGUGCAGAAGAAGUUUGAGUAAAUUUCUUUAAUUGUUUAGCAUUUUUAAUAUCUCAUCUAUUUUCCAUGCAUGGUCCUAUUCAACCUAAACUUAUGUUUUUUUUAAUCUUGUAUUUAUUUACCUUUCUUGGUUUGAAAGCGAUCUUUCUCUUGCCCAAAAACUGAUUAAAAAAUUUAUGCAAACAUGUCAGUGUUUUUGGUUCAUAACUGUGGGUCUUUGAGCUGAUGUAGAUGCUACUUGGGAAUGCAAAUUGAGUGUGACACCAGCUACUUUUACUUGCUUUUAUGUUACCAUGUUCUUUCUGUUGCAUGAAGUAGGUAUGGAAUGUAAUAUUGGUCACUUUACUGAAAGGCAUGUGAUCACUUUUGGCUACACCAAAGCAUGAUGGUCAAGUCUUCCACAUGACCAUGUUAAUAUAUUGAACCUAAAGAUAGGUCGUACUCCAUUAAGCUGCUUUUAACAUUUAUGUAAAGCAGCUAGAUAGGAUUGGAAUUUAGCCCUAGAUUUCUGAUCAAAACAAGGGACACAAAAAUUGGGGGGAAAAAGUGACAUCUAAAUUGCAUGCACAUCCCUGAUUGUUAGCAACUCACUGGGGUGAUAAGCUGUAUGGCAAUGGUUUAGAUUCCUGCCCAUGAAACAAUUUACAGGAACAUCUUUUGCCAUCAAAGAAUAACUUUUGCCUUUAUGCAUAUUCUAUCUUGCAUGCUCUGAAGUAAGUCUACUCUCUCAUGAGAAUGGAACUUUUUCAUAACUUUAUUGUGGUACUUUUCAUAAGAAUAGUGUUUUGGGACUGGUCUCCAACCCAAGGUUUCAACUUCUGUCAGUUAUCAAGCUUGGAAGUCUUUGAGAGAAGUGUUGUAUGCAAAAGUAGGCCAUGUGGAAAAAGUAUGCUUACCUCAACUGUGGGUUGGGCCUUUUGUGGAGGUGAUUGAUCAGUCCUAAUAUACAAGUGGCUAAAAUACCUUUAACUUGCUGGGGCCAUGUGAGGUUAAUAAGAGACUUCCAUUUUUAAAUGAAAAGAAAUUGGGUAAUGGCACAGUUCAUCAUUUGGAAGGCUGUACCAGCUUUUGUUCAAGCAAACAUUUUGUGGCAGCAUGUCAAGGGUCAUGAGACUACUGUACAUCACGAGUGCAUUAAAGAUUGUGAAUAGAACCACUUUGAAUUGUAAUGAUGCUCUGAAGUCAUUCCUUUAUUUGAUAUUUCAGAAAUAUGAGAACUUGAUUUCAAGUCACAUUAAAAUAUAGGCUAACAAUCAUUAAUGGCCUUUUUGCAUCAUAUUUCUGUGUUAUAACUUAACAUUUGGAAAGAGAAUUUAUUUAGCUGUGAUGUGGUUAAUGAUUCCUGAAUAGUUUUCUUGCACGAACCAUUGUGCUUCCACUUUGCAUCAAAGGUUGUUUACUUGAGUUAUUAAAGGAUUGCCUUGCAAUGCUGAGUGAUCUGUGUCUGUGAUAGAGAAUGGUGCAUAUCUAGUGCUAUAGUUUCACAAAAAUAACCUUAACUAUAGUAAUUUUAAAACUACCUGGAAACACACUCCAUGACUGAAUGACAUCAUCUUCACCUAUUAAUAUUCAUUUAAGACCAAUUGGGUAGGAUUGGCAUCAAGAUUAUUUGCACGAAUCUGGAGAGUUUAAACCUUCGGAGAAAUAGCAGUUAAUUUGUUAAGUAUCACUGGCUAGCCUUCUGCAAAGGUUUUGAAUAAAUGGCUACAGAUAGAAUCUGAAUUCUGUAAUGAACAUGUGUACACAAACUGUGAUAUUUUUGUGAAUUUAUUGUACCUUUCUCUUGCUCUUUGUAGCCUGAAUUUAAAUUGCAUCAAAUCUACACUAUCCAGUCAUUGCAUUUUUAUACCGCUUAUGGUAUUUCAUUUUAAGAUCGAUAUUGCAGAAAUCGGCUAUUUUUAUGGAUCCAUAACUAUUUUGUUAUGUACACAAUUGUAUAAAAUUUGUCAAAUGAGUGUUUGAAAGUGUAGUGGAUAUUUUUUUUAAAUAAGUUUCAGUCUAGCUUGGUCAAUAAAAGCGG